GUGACGUCAUAGCAAUGCCUGAGUGCAUCCGACCAGCGAAUGCUGUAUUGUAUAGCCGUUUGCUUGUAAGGCAGGGGUAUAAUCGAUGUGCUUGGCAGUAAAAGUCGAAGCUUGACUUGUGGAGAGGAAACUUUCUAGCUAGCUCUGUCCGUUCAGCUUGAUUGGAUUGAAAUCGCAUGUCCCCAGCCAAAAAGGAUGAUGGUGUGGAAUCCAUGCGUUUUGCUAGCCGUGACCGCCACAUGUGUGGUUUUGACCGGUACCGGCGCCUUCCUUGGAGCGGAGGCCUCCUUAGCGGAGUUGCAGCUACUCCGUAUGCCGCGACAGGCCUCGGGUUCCAAUGGAACAGACUCCGCGUCGGCUCUCCAGGGACUCUUGAAUGACUUCGGUGCCAACGGACGGAUGACCAAGGAGCAACUGCAGCAGUUAAUGCAGGAAAUCAACGCAAAGUGCUUUUCUGCAGAGGAGCUCCUACGGGACCACUCCUUGACGGAGGCAAAUUUGCAGAAUGACACCGAAGCAACACUGAAGGAAAUCUGCCCAUCCCUGCUGUACACGACGACCCUGGAUGCGUGCCCAGACCCGGCCCCGACUCAAGCCCCGCCAGCCGACGAACCGGAGGAACCAACAAUCGCACAAAUUUGGGGUUAUGGGCUUCUCUGUGUCACCAUCAUCAACUGUGGUUCGCUCAUGGGAGCUUUUGUGGUGCCAUGCAUGAACAAGAGGGUGUACAAGCUCAUCAUAAUCUACCUUGUUGGGCUGGCCGUUGGGACGUUGACUGGCAGUGCCUUGCUUCAUCUGAUACCCAAGACUCAUGGUCUGAAAGUGAAGAAACUCGGCAACACGUUGGUCUGGAAGAACACCUGUAUCCUGGCUGGCAUUUACCUUUUCUUCUUCGCUGAGCGAGUCCUGAAGAUUGUGACUUCCAAAAAAGACUACAAACGAGAAGUCAAACGCAAGGAGAGCAUCAUGCAUGUCUCUGGAAUGCACGACCCCAAUUCCAACGGGGGAGAUGGGUACAAGAUCACUUCGGGUGAAUCUGCCCUCCAGCUGACUGAAUCCUUCCCAAUCGCCAAUGGUAACACUCUCAAUGAGAAGGAGGAUGGACAUGGCCACAGCCACGGCGAACUGACCUCUGCAGACGGCAAGGUGCGUAUCGCCUCGGUAGCUUACAUGAUUGUCUGCGGUGACGGUCUACAUAACUUCGUAGACGGGUUGGCUAUUGGGGCGUCCUUCACCACCAAUCUGCUGAGUGGUUUCUCCACCUCUAUCGCCAUCGCAUGUGAGGAGUUUCCUCAUGAGCUCGGUGACUUUGCUGUUCUGCUCAAGUCUGGGCUGACUGUCAAGCAGGCCAUGGGAUUCAACUUCUUGUCAUCGUUGAGUUGCUACAUUGGUCUGAUCGUCGGCAUCAUCGUUGGCCGUCUGACCGAGGCAGAACCGUACAUCUUCGCACUGGCCGCCGGCAUGUUCCUGUACAUCGCAUUGGUGGAUAUGUUGCCAGAGAUCGCCAACGUGACCUCUAAGAGCAAAUUCCGCCUUGGAUCUGAGAUGGGCAUCUUUCUGCUUCAGAAUGCUGGCAUACUGACUGGGUUCGGCAUAAUGAUACUUCUGUCUGUGCUGCAUCCCUACAUCAAAAUUAAAGCCUAGAUAGGUACACUCUCAAAAGGCACUGGUGACUGACCCGGAAGCGUAUUUUUUUGUUUGCAGCAUACAUCGUAUUUAACCAAUCACAUCACACACCCUAAUGUGAAUAUUGAUCACGCUGUGUGGAUGGAAGACACUACGAGUAGGUUCUCGUAGUGUUUUCCCUUCAAUUAAACUUCCCAACCAAAAGUAAACAAAAAUAUUUGAUGAAAAUGGAUAUGGGUUCGAACCACAGAUCUUGCAAUCCACAUAGUUCAUUCCACUCUCCACUAGACCACUGUGACAGCUCGACGAAAGCCGUUCUUUGAAAUGCUUUAUUGUACAUGCAUGACUGAGUGAUAGCAAUGGUGUGACGUCAUUGUUAUUUUCUUAUGAAUAAGCAUCAAACUAGCUGAAUAAUCAUGAUCCAUUGAUGAUGUGUGCUGCAAAUUAAAAUACCGAGACCCGGAUCGCGGAAAGUUUGGCCUGACACUUUACUUUGACACUCUUCUGAGUCAAAAUGACAUCUUUAACUAAUUUCUCGGGUCAAUUUGACUCAAUGUCAUAUGUAUAUCGGAUUACAAUUAACAUCGGACUCCUUGACCCUAUUAUUGGUUAAACCUUAUCGGGUGACCGGUUACUCUCCUAAUUAUCAUACUUACGCAUGCGCAAUACAACCAAUGAGUCCGUAUGCCACAGAGACAAUUCAUUCACACUACACAUAGCCCUGGCAAACGAACUCAUUGCGCGGAAAGCAAAUGAGGGAUAAUCCCUCCUUUGAUUUUACUUUAAUUUGGUUUGUUUUAAUUUGUUAUUAAUUUUUUUAACACAAAUUAUUUACAAAAGUUCUAGCUAGUGAUAAAUAUUAUGGGGGAACAGAUAAUAGCUAAGUUGUUUGCGUUUUUAUUUUAUGUAUACGUGUACAUGUCUUUCUAUAUAUUUGCUGACAACGGAUAUAAUUUCUUUCUUGAUGUAAGUAGAAAAACAACUUAUUUUUUAUCUUGUUUAUUGCUGUAAUUGUGUUGUGGUUUGUAUUUUUAAUUUUGGGUUGGUUUUAGAUGACGGCAUCUGGCGAAUGAGCAAAUAUACGUAUAAAAUGACACAAUGGAUACUCUUUUUUUUGGGUGAACAUUUUUUUUCAGGUAGGCCUAGUGGCUAAAUUCCCAAAGAAAACCAUGAAUGGUAAAGUGAGUGCCUUAUGUGUCGUCACACUACCGCCUACAGGAAAUCCAAUACAGUCGCAAAGUGCACUUUAAUCAAUCAUACCAUUAUAAAGAGACCUUCUGCACAAUGAAGACUUCAAGUCGACUUUUUUUCAAAUGGUAGUUGAUUAGUUAUGUACACAGCGGCAAACAUUUGAACGACGCAUGAAAAUUCUCAAAACAAAAGGCCUCAUAGUUCAAGGUGAACGGCCAACCUGCACAAGUCAGGUCGUUAGUGGACUCAAAUAACACGGAUAAAUGUUUGUGAAACAUAGAUGUACAAAAAUAAUGAUGAUGGUGGCAGGAAAAAUACUUGAAGGUUUUCAAAAUCACAUUUGUUUUGUAAUGAAAUAGAGCGCGCAAUGCGAAUAGGACAUUGCCGGAUUCAGCCCAUUAAACAUAGUUAUCUAUAAAAAAAAAUGUAUGACAUUUAAUAUGUAUAUAUUGGUGUACGGAGGUACUAAAGUGUAGAAGAAAGCUUUCAUGUUUUGCCAGUAUUUUAUACAUUUGAAACACUUGUAUGAGAUGGGACAUUUCGGACAAAAGAGUAUAAGACUAUAUAUUUUUAUGGAAAAACAAAUCUGUAGUGUUAAUGUAUUUUGUUCUUGAUUCCUGUAUUUUAAUGGUUUGCGCGGGGAAAAAUUAAUUUUCUAAUAAAAAGUGCUUUAAAUCAGGGAGCCAU